AUGGCCGGAGGAUUGGAUGGAGGAAAACUGGAAGCCCGAGGAGUCUCAAGAUUAUUCGGGAAUGUCGAGGAUAACGGAGGAGACGAGUGGGUCGACUGACCAAAGAAAGACCGAUGGGGUUGAUUAAAGUUAAAGUUCGAAGAAGGGAAAGCCUGAGAACAAAUCGAAAUGUGAUGAUCACCUUGGCACUGACUACACAUUGGAGAACGACACUGUGAGGACACAUGACUUCGACAAAGACAACGAGCACAUAAAUUCUUCUCACGAAUCACCUGGUGUCUCCUGGAAUGAUCUGAUACUGUCCGGCAAUCCUUUGAACGAUGGCUUCGAUCACAAAAUGCACACAUCUCUCGAUGAAAAUUCGAAGGAUUGGAGAACUGUGGCGAGCGAAAGUGAGAAUCCUUGUCCCGACUCAAUGAGAACCUUUCACGCGAACGGAUAA